AUGGGCAAGAGAGCGCGUCCCGGACGACGAGGUGGCGGCCGCGGCGAUUACCGCAGCGAAAAGAAACAGCGCGGUGAUGGCAAAGCAGAAGAGUGGCCAGCGGACAGGUUUGCAGAUUGGGUGUACGAGAACAAACACUUUGACGCGUACUACAAGGCGCAGAACAUUGUGGCGGACGCUGAUUGGGACGCGUUCAAGAAAGCGCUGGCGACGCCGCUGCCCACGACUUUCCGUAUCAAUAGCUCAUGUCCAUUUGCUGAACGUAUUCGCGAGCACGUGGAGCAGGAUUUCAAGUUUGAUGGACUCGUGGUAGACGACGAGCCGGUGGAGCCCAUUAGUCUCAUGCCCUGGUAUCCGGAUAACCGCGGCUUCACGUGGUCGGUUGAGCGCCGUCGUGUGCGCAAACUACCGAUUUUGAAGAAGUUUCAGGCUUGGCUUGUUGAGCUCUCGGAUAGUGGCAGUAUCACUCGUCAAGAAGCUGUGAGCAUGAUCCCACCUCUUGUUCUAGGUGUAGAGCCGCACCACAAGGUGCUGGAUAUGUGUGCUGCCCCUGGCUCCAAGACGUCCCAGCUGCUGGAAUCGCUGCAUUCUCAAGAACUUGCAACGGGCAAGACCCCUACCGGAGUCGUUGUGGCAAAUGACGUGGAUCUCAAGCGUGCAUACAUGCUGGUGCAUCAAUCCAAGCGCAUUAACUCACCCGCGCUGCUUGUCACUUGCCAUGAAGCUCAGCACUUCCCGUUUCUUGGUAAAGAUGGAACUGAAAGUAAAGGCGUGUUCGACCGUAUUUUAUGCGACGUGCCAUGCAGUGGUGAUGGCACCAUACGCAAGAACCCGUUGAUCUGGAAGAGUUGGAGUGCCAAGAAUGGUAUUGCAUUGCACCCGCUGCAGCUGCAAAUUGCCAAGCGCGGUGCGUCACUGCUGAAGGUUGGUGGCAAUCUUUGCUACUCAACGUGCACGUUUAACCCACUGGAGAACGAAGCAGUGGUAUCUGAGUUGUUGCGAUGGAGCAAAGGCUCGCUCGAACUUGUCGAUGUGUCAAACACGUUGCCGCUGUUGAAGCGUCGUCCCGGUAUCAGUACGUGGAAGGUGCUGGACUCACAGUUACAGGAGCACUCGUCAUGCGACAUUCAUGGUGACGAGAACAAGGAGGACAAAGUCAAGGACAAAAUCCGUGCUACGAUGUUCCCGCCUACGGAGGAGGAGGCAGCAAAUUAUCACCUCGAGCGUUGUAUGCGCUGUCUGCCUCAAGAUGAAAACACUGGUGGCUUCUUUGUCUGCUUGUUGAGGAAGGUGAAGCCAACGCCUGAUGAUAAGGAGAAGGUUGUUUUGGACGAGACCGAGAACCCAAGCAGCAAAACAGGAGUGGCAACUGUGAAGUCUGACAACGGUGACAUUAUUGACAAAGCAACUGUAUCGAGCGAUGUUGCAGUUGGUGAGGUCGAUGUUGAGGUGGAGGCACAAGCACCUAUAGACGAUGAAGCGGGCACAGCUGUGAAGAAUUUGCGGAGAAAUCGCCGCGACGAUCGCCGCAACAAGAAGGCCGAGGUGUACUUGGCUUUCGGCACUGAAAACUGGGCUGACGUGCGCGAAUAUUACGGCUUAGCUGCUGACUUUCCGGCAGCGCAGCUCAUCACGCGCUCAGAGGAUGCGAAGUCUGUCACGUUCGUGACGGAGAGCAUUACUAUGGCUUUGCUUGAGGAGAUGAAGCGCAAGAAGUUGAAGGUUGUGUUUGCUGGGCUCAAGAUGUUUGAGCGCAAUGAGACUGUUGAGGGUGGUAAGGUCUACCGAGUGUGCCAAGCCGGUCUAGCGCACAUUCUGCCAUUCAUGAAUAAGCGCACAGCGAAAGUGUCGACAAGGGAUUUCCAGAUGAUGCUGGAUCGGUUGGGAGACUUGCUGGAUUUUGAUGAGUUUGAACCUACUACCCGGCAGUAUUUUACAGAUGCUCCGAUCGGUAGUGUCGUAUGCAUGCUUGACCAGUCAGACCAGUCGAAUACUGGGUUGAAGGUGAUGAAUCUGGUCGCGUGGCGAGGUCGUAACUCGGUAAAUGUAAUGGCGACUAAGGCUGAUGUAGCUGCACUACUAGGAACGAUGAAGGAAAUGAAGAUGUAUAGCCCGGCUGUGCUCGAAGCUGUGUUGGAAGCCAAGAAAGUCAAGGAUCAGAAGCGUGCUGUUCGUGAUGAGGAAAAGCAGGAGGUACACGAAGCAGUCGCGACGACUGACGAGACUAAUGCUGCGUCAGAUGUUCAAAACAAGGAAGAUCCAGGGCCGCGCUUGUCUUCUUAG